UGCUUCUAGUCCUUUAAACCCAGCAGGAGUGGCGAUUCGAAGACAGUAGACACAGAGGGAUCCAGUGUGCGAGAUCGGGAUGAGAUAUAGGCAGAGACUGUGGGUGAAUGAGUCAGCUAGUGGAUCCAUCAUCAAAUCCUCAAAAGCAUCGUUAUGAAAUUUUAUUUUAGGCGCUAGUUAAAUGAAUAUCUGACGGAGCUUUGGAUACACAGUUUACAUUUUUUGUUGUAGGCUAUUCAUUACACCCUCUGCAACGCCCGGUAUUCGUUUUGUUUCAGCGCCCCCUUUCUUUCGGUUUCAAUUGGGUGGUGGACAAGGGGGUUGCCGGCGAAGAAGAUUCAAAAUUUACUUUACAUUUUGAAUAGCUGGUGUUGUGUAGCCUAUUUUGAAAUUCGUCGUUAUAGGCUACAGCAUAGAUAAACGAAGAUGUCGGGGCAGAGCAUUACGGACAGGAUAACGGCAGCCCAGCACAGUGUAACGGGAUCCGCUGUGUCUAAAACAGUAUGUAAGGCCACUACACACGAAAUAAUGGGCCCGAAAAAGAAACAUUUGGAUUACCUGAUCCACUGCACCAAUGAGAUGAACGUCAGCAUCCCCCAGUUGGCCGACUCACUAUUUGAACGGACCACUAACACCAGCUGGGUGGUGGUGUUCAAGUCCCUGAUCACCACACACCAUCUCAUGGUCUACGGGAACGAGCGUUUUGUCCAGUACUUGGCUUCAAGGAAUACGUUAUUCAAUCUCAGUAAUUUUUUGGACAAAAGUGGGUUACAAGGCUAUGACAUGUCCACAUUUAUCCGGAGAUACAGCCGAUAUUUGAAUGAAAAAGCGGUUUCAUACAGACAGGUCGCUUUUGACUUCACUAAAGUAAAGCGAGGGGUGGACGGGGUGAUGCGGAGCAUGAAUACAGAAAAGCUGUUGAAGACUAUCCCUAUGAUACAGAACCAGAUGGAUGCUCUCCUCGACUUCAAUGUCAAUGCCAAUGAGCUCACCAACGGAGUCAUCAAUGCAGCCUUCAUGCUGCUCUUCAAAGACUCCAUCAGGCUUUUUGCAGCCUAUAAUGAAGGCAUUAUCAAUCUGCUAGAAAAGUACUUUGACAUGAAGAAGACCCAGUGUAAAGAGGGCCUGGAUAUCUACAAGAAGUUCCUCACCCGAAUGACACGCAUCUCCGAGUUCCUCAAAGUAGCAGAGCAAGUCGGUAUUGACCGUGGAGACAUACCAGACCUAUCCCAGGCUCCCAGUAGCCUUCUGGAAGCUCUGGAACAGCACCUCGCCUCUCUGGAAGGAAAGAAGGUGAAGGACUCCACUGCUGCCAGCAGGGCUAGUACCCUGUCUAACGCGGUGUCUUCGCUGGCCAGCACGGGGAUGUCCUUUACUAAAGUGGAUGAGCGGGAGAAACAGGCCGCUCUGGAGGAGGAACAGGCCCGUCUCAAAGCACUGAAGGAACAGAGGCUGAAGGAGCUCUCCAAGAGACCUUCCUUCGCCACCACAGACACAUCGCCUGUCUCCACCACAGGGGGCACUAUCAGCACUGCCCCAGCAAUUGACCUCUUCUCUACCCCUAGCUGUUCCAAUGGUGCUCUGAAGAUGGAGAGUGACCUCUUUGACCUGCAGCAAACCUUCCAGCCCUCCAUGCAGGCUGGAUCUACAGGUCUGCCAGUGGCUACUGCCUGGGCAGAUCCUUUCACCUCUGCUGAAGCUGGAGACGACUCCAUGCCAAACCUUAACCCUUUCCUGUCAAAGCUCGUUGUCGAUGCUGCACACUUGCCUGUCGUUUCCUCAGACGGUGUUAGCUUUUCCUCUAGGACGUCUGCUCAUGAAAUGUUUGGUGAUCGUUACAAUCCCUUUAUUGACACAAACUCGUCCGUUUCAACCAAUUACAAACGCACAGUGCGGAUAGAACACUCCGUUUCAGACUCCUUCUGUGGUUCAGUGCCCAUGGCCCAGCACCUCCCACACCAGGCCCCAUACCCUCCUGAGUCCUCUGGUGUAGCAGGCCUAUUCAGAGGAUAUUCAGCACAACAGGCCCCUCCCCAGCCCUCUGCAGGAGGGAUCCAGGUGGACUUUGAGUCAGUCUUCGGAUCCAAAGCGACCGGCGUCAAUAGCCUUGAUUCUGACGCAUGUUGUUGUUUUUUUCCUUCUUCGCCCACCCCUUCAGAUAUUACAGGGGGCAUCCUGAAGCCCACUAUGGCAGGGUCUAACCAGGCCCUCUGCUCCAGUCAGCAGCCAGAGAAGCUGGUGUCAGACGACCUUGACUCCUCUCUGGCAAACCUAGUGGGCAGUAAGUGGCACUUUACGGAUCUCGGUAUUGGAAACGGCACCUCGAAAAAUGACAUCCACUGGAGCCAGCCUGGGGAGAGGAGGUUGACUGGAGGAACCAACUGGCAACCCAAGGCUGCGCCGACAACUACUUGGAACCCCGUCUCCAUGCCUCCCUCUGUCAUGGCCUUCCCUGCCACGACUCCCACAGGCAUGAUGGGAUACGGAAUGCCCCAGCAGAUGGGCUCCAUGGGGAUGAUGAACCCUCCCACUAUGAUGUACACACAGCCUGUCAUGAGGCCACCCAACCCCUUUGGCUCUGUGUCUAGCGCUCAGCCCUCUGCAGCGUCUAGUCCUUCCACCCAGAGUCCCCUCAGAGCUCCUGGACAGGACCCAUUUGCACAGCUCUCUCUCAAGGAUUUCUUGUAGAGCAUCUCCUUAGAUGCAGUUCAUGUAAUAUGAAGGAAUCGUCUCUCAGAAGGUGACGCACUUAGCAGCAAAGAUUUGUCCUCGUUGCAGUCCUACUCUUCAGAGAAACGUUCACACACCCCAAAUACAGACAUGCCAAGAACACAGCCGUGCAAUGACUGGAGGAAACCAUGGAAACCAUGUGUAAACGACGUUGGGAGAGAACUCACCCAUUAUUCUGUAAUUUGUCUAAGACGUCAAGUGAUGCUGCUGUCUAACCCCUUUAUAGGGAAUCCUCAUCCAUUUUAUAAUCUGUAAAGAUAGUUAUGGGUGCUGAGAAACUUUGAUAUUAUGUAUUUGGAGAUACUGUUGUUGAAUGCUAAGGAUUGAUGUUGGGAAGGGGGGAGAAAAAGUGGAGGUUGUCAGGUUAGGAAUCCUUCUCUUCUGGAUCACCAGUCAUCCAUUUCCCACAGUUACUUAACUGUCACUGAGUAGUGAUGCUAAUGACGUUUACACCUGUUUUAGUUAUUGUCUUUUUUACCGUGUUUACAGUAGACAUUCCUCGUGUGUUGUUUGUAUUUAUUUAUGAUUAUUGAUUUAAGAUUGGGGGGGGGGAAAUCUAUAGUAAAACCUACAUUACAAUGAACACCCGUGGGAGAGCAUAUGCAUAAACCAUGGAUGUUGGACUGUGUCAUUGAGGUAGAGUUACAAAAGAAGAUAGAUAUUAUAUAAAUUUACACCUAUAAGCGGAAUGAUAGAGCACUAAAUAUUCUCUGAGUUUUGUGUGAAGAACAAUUCUUAAUAGAUGCAAAUCUCACAAUCUCCAUAAACUUAAAGUGUGACGGGGGUUAGGGGUUAGAGUAUGAGUCAGUCAUCUACAGUAUAGUCAAUUCUGUGCCUAGGGUUUUUGCAAUGGAACGUUUUAUUUUAUUUUAUUCCUUUAAUUUUACAUUUUCAUCUAGUUGAAACCACUUCAUCCAUGAUCCUGAAGCAUCACACAGGGGGGAGGGAUCCAUUUUGCUUUAAGCUUGGCAUGCCAUCAACUCACGAACCGUUUUAAUGGCUGCCUUUACUCUGAAUGUGAAAGAGUUGCCUUCAUGUUGCACACAUCUUUCCAAGCUACCUGCCCGUUCUCAGCCCCUGUUUCGGGAGACGGGGGACGACUGUGUAUGUGGGUGUUGGUGAUACAGAGAACGGUCAGAGUUUGGAUGUAAAUGAGUUGUAUAGAGAUCCAGAUGACCAGGAUAGGAGUGAGGCGCUGUUGAUCGGUGCUCCGUGUAUAUAAAACUGACUGUUCAUUGUGAGGGGAAGUGAAAGAUGUAUGAAAUAUGAAAGCAAUUCAAUCAAAUAUGACUCUACCUAAGUUUGAUUCAGGAUAUUAUCUGCGUUUGUCCUACGCAGAUUGUAUUUUUCUUUAUGUAAUUAGAACGUGUAGCAGACAUCGACAGAUUUUGUUUUCUUUUUCAAAUAAAGAGCAGCUUCCACAAA